AUACAUCCAGACACAACAGGAAUAUACACGGCGUCAAAAACAUAAAAAGUCCUCAUAUUUUCAAAGAGUGUGGCCCGUUGGAUUCACGUGCACACAUGUGUUUUUUGAAUCGCUUUUCUCUUCGUCAUGUUUGUCCCCGCUGAGGCUCCGUGUCAGCUGAGCUGUAUGACAGUCACAUGAUAUCGUGUAUGGUUUUUCUGUUAGUGUAACAUUUCACAAAUAUGUCGACAUUUAUGCAUACAUCUGCUGAUCGGUCUGUCUAAAGGUUUUGUGAAUGUUAACCUAAGCAUCAUCAUGCCCUUGACAGCAGCUGUGAUCAGUGGGAUUCAGAAACUGGUGCUCUAUGAAACGAGGGCUAGGUAUUUCCUUGUGGGCAGUAAUAAUGCACAAACAAAGCAUCGCGUCCUGAAGAUCGACCGCACUGAACCGCGAGACCUGGUCAUUAUAGAUGAUAAGCAUGUUUACAGUCAGCAAGAGGUACGAGAACUGCUGGGCAGGUUGGAUUUGGGCAAUCGCACUAAGAUGGGGCAGAAGGGAUCCUCUGGCCUAUCGAGAGCCGUAUCUGCCUAUGGCAUUGUGGGUUUUGUGCGUUUUCUGGAGGGUUACUACGUUGUGCUGAUCACCAAACGUCGUAAAAUGGCUGACAUCGGUGGACACUCCAUAUAUAAGAUUGAAGACACGACUAUGAUCUACAUUCCUAAUGACUCGGUCAGAGUUACUCAUCCUGAUGAAGCCCGGUAUGUGAGAAUUUUCCAGAAUGUGGAUCUAUCCAGUAACUUCUAUUUCAGUUACAGCUACGACCUGAGCCACUCGCUGCAGUAUAACCUGACAAUACUGCAGAUGCCCUGUGAACCUCCAGAGCCUGAAGAUCUGAACGCCAGCAGACAGGACAGCUUUGACAUCUUUGAAGAGGAGGGCUUACCCACUCAAGUCGUGUACGGUUUAAGGAACGAACCCUACGCUAAAUAUGUGUGGAACGCUCGCCUGCUGGAGAAAGUGAAAGACAUCGUACAUCCUGAUUGGCUGUUGUACAUCAUCCACGGUUUCUGUGGUCAAUCCAAGUUGUUGAUAUACGGGCGUCCGGUGUACGUUACAUUGAUCGCCCGCCGUUCGAGUCGCUUCGCAGGGACUCGAUUUCUCAAGAGAGGAGCCAACUGUGAGGGCGACGUAGCGAACGAGGUUGAAACGGAGCAGAUUGUCCACGAUUCCUCUGUCACGUCGUUCGCGGCUGGUAGUUUCUCUUCGUGUGUUCAGGUCAGAGGAUCGGUUCCUCUCCACUGGUCUCAGGACAUCUCCACCAUGAUGCCCAAACCACCCAUACGCUUGGACCAGGCUGACCCAUAUUCCCAUGUAGCAGCUCUUCAUUUUGAUCAGAUGCUCCAGAGGUUUGGAUCGCCAAUUAUAAUUCUUAACCUGGUCAAGAAACGUGAGAAGAGGAGACAUGAGAAGAUCUUGAGCGAUGAGCUUUAUCCCACUAUCACAAACCUUAAUCAGUUUCUUCCUCCUGAGCACGGCAUCGAGUACAUCGCCUGGGACAUGGCCCGCUACACAAAGAGUAAACUGUGUAAUGUGUUGGAUCGGUUGAGUAUGAUUGCUGAGAACGUGGUCAAGCGGACGGGUUUCUUCGUCAACAGACCUGACUUCUACUGCCAUACGUUACGACCUGAUGAAAGGUGGGGCGAUCUUGGGGGGAAGGUGACACCAAACGGCAGAUUACAGACUGGAGUUUUGAGGACAAACUGUGUGGAUUGUCUCGAUCGAACCAACACGGCACAGUUCAUGGUUGGAAAAUGUGCCCUGGCGUAUCAACUCUAUGCACUCGGGUUAAUAGACAGACCCAAACUUCAAUUUGAUACUGACUGUGUCAGAUUGUUUGAAGAGUUGUACGAGGACCACGGAGACACUUUGUCUCUACAGUACGGAGGAUCUCAGCUGGUCCAUCGAGUAAAGACGUACCGCAAGAUCGCUCCCUGGACGCAGCACUCCAAAGACAUCAUGCAAACGCUGUCUCGUUACUAUAGCAACGCUUUCUCAGAUGCAGACAGACAGGAUGCUAUAAAUCUGUUCCUGCAGGUUUACCAGCCGUCUGAAUCCAAACCUCAUCUCUGGGAACUGCCAACAGAUUUUUACCUUCACCACAGUAACACCAUGAGUCUACCGCACAACCGACAGAGCUACACACACUGGUGGUCUCCAGAAGUUUUGCUGUUUCUCCCGUUACCAUCUGAUGAAGGAGCGAGCGAGAAGAACAUGAAGAAGGUCUCAGUGAAGCGCGUGAACAGAUUUGACGAGAGCAUCGAUAUUUACAGCAGGUUCUUCAGACCGUACGAGCUCACCUCAUUCGAUGACACGUUUAGCAUCUCCAUGACCAACUCCACAAGGGAUUUUAUGCCGAAGAGCAUCGGGCUUGAUCCCAGUCCUUUCACUGUUCGUAAACCAGACGAGAGCGCAAAAUCAGUACUGGGUAAUAAGUCCAAUAAGGAGGAAACAGUGUUACAAAGAAAGACAGCUGCCAGCGCUCCUCCUCCACCCAGUGAAGAGCAGAUCUCCAGCAGUUCUGAAGACGACUCGGAGGAAGAUCGUGAAGAUGACGGCACUGCGUCCCAACGCUCAACGCCAAUCAAACUUGCUGAUCAAAGUGAGAACGUCCGGCCACACGAGGAUCAACCGCAGCAUCUUCCACCAGCAAGAGAGACAUACGGACUGAAUUUGUUGGUGUGUCCACCUGAUGAUGAUAUCUUCAUAUACCACAGAUUUGCUCAUCUGGGUCAGAAUCAGCACAAAGUGGAGAGACAUCGAGAUGCCAAGAAAUCAGACUACAUUAUCAACCUCGUUCCAGUGUCCUCCUUCUCAUCAGACAGCGUCUAUGAAGUUUCGUCUCCAGAGGUGAACGCUCAGAGUCGAGAGGUUUUUCAGUCACACGUUGAGACGGGCUGCGGUCGGGUCAGAACUCUGUGUCAGGAGGACGUCCUCAUGUACCGUGAAUACAUCAAAAACAGAUACAUGUGAAGCACUGGAGCUUCUGGACAUCAUCUGUAUUUCCAUUUUGAUUCAGCUCAACUUCUCUUGAUUUUUUUGUUUACAUUUUUACUUUUAGCAA